AUGAAUAACACUUGUAUAGACGGUACGUUCAGUGAACACAGUAUGGAGUUAACAUUGAAACAUUCUUUGGAAUAUAAUCCUGACACUUUGCAGUAUCUUAGAAAAAUAUACAAUUUGGAUAGUCAAGAAAGAAUAGAUGAAGCUAUUGAUAUUUUAGUAAAAUGGAUUCAAAAACAGGAACACUUCGUUAAGAAGGAAUAUUGUAAACACUCGCUGGAAAGAUGUUUAUUGAGUAGUAAAGGUUCUAUAGAAAGGCUAAAGGAAAAAUUGGACAAAGUAGCUACUUUUAAAACUUUACUCCCCAACUACUAUGAGCCACUCGAUGUAAGGAGCUCCAAGAUACUAAAAACUAUAUAUUGUUCAUUGAUACCAAAAAUGACAAAAGAUCACGACAGGGUCUUUAUUGCAAGAGUUGUGGGCGACGAUUUUCCAAAUCCUUUCGACGUUUACAAAUACAGUCUUAUGAUAUGCGAGUUCGCACAUGCCUACGAUUAUAGUCACAAAAAAGUUGGUAUAUUUGAUACUCGAGAUUGUAAUGUUGUGGAAUUAGUUAAGGUUAUCAACUUGGUUGAUUUCCGACAAAUCAUCUCAAUAAUUGUGGAAGGAUAUAAAUUUAGAAUAAAAGGAAUCCAUUUUGUAACAACAUCAAAAGCAAUGGAUGCUAUUAUUACAGUGUUUAGACAAGUACUGAGUUCAAAACUACGACAGCGAAUUUACGUACACAAUACUGCGGAAGGAUUGUAUGAUCAUUUACCAAGAGAAAUACUACCAAAAGAUUUUGGAGGUGACGAAAAACCAAUGAAAGAGCUGAGCGAUGACUUAAUGGAUUUAUUGGCUUCAGAAGAAUUCACGAAAUAUUUCAAUGAAUGCAGAUUAGCAAAAACAAAUGAAGAUUUCAGAAGUGUAGACAAAUUUAACGAUCAAUGUCUAUCAAUGGCGGGUUCAUUUAGAAAAUUAAAUGUGGAUUAG